UUUGUAGUUUCCUCCUUUUCAGAGCUUCCCAUCAGAGACUGAAAGAGUUAGAUUCUGCAGCACUCUCUCAAACACACAGAUGAGCUUCGAGAUGAACUACUCUGUGAUUAUACUGAUUCUCACUGGAGCCGUUUACACUUCUGCAGAAAUUCAUCAUGAAAUUCACUUUAUCUACGGAUGCUUUGAGUCAAGUGAUCCUGCGGUGGGACUUGAGAUUGAUGGAGAUGAAGUCUUCUAUGGCGACUUCAAUAAAAACAGUAAUACGUGUCUAAUAGCAGAUGUAGUGUUUACAUUACCUAAAUUCAUAUCUAUUACACCAGAGGAUAAAGAAAGGGCUUGUGAAUAUGCUACCAUUAGCAGAGUUUGGUGCAAAGACUGCAUCGCAUGGGGCAAACAGUCUAAACCAAAAAUACCAAAAAUCAAAGAUGCCCCUGAGAGCACCAUCUACCCCAGGGAUGAGGUGGAACUGGGGGUGGAAAACACCCUCAUCUGCUUUGUGAAUGAUUUCUUUCCCCCACCUGUCAAAGUCAACUGGACCAAGAAUGGAAUGGAGGUGACUGAGGGAUUGUCUCUCAGUCGUUACUAUCCUAAUAAAGAUGGAACGUUCCACCAGUUCUCCAGCCUGAGUUUCACCCCACAAAAGGAAGACGUCUACAUCUGCGCUGUGGCGCACACGGCCCUGAAGGACCCCAAAACCAGGGAAUAUAAGGUCAGUCGUUCCAGUGUUGGUCCUGGUCCUGCUGUAUUCUGUGGAGUGGGCCUCACUCUUGGGCUGCUGGGGGUGGCUACUGGAAUAUUCUUCAUCUACAAAGGAAAGAGAGCCACUGAGUCUCAGGAAUAAAGAUGGGAAGUGAGGCACUGGACUAGAGCGAUCUAGCCAUAAUUUUAUGUGAUGUAAUAAUCAUCACAUUAAAUUCUGAGCAAUAUUGGUAAAUCAGUCAACACUGUACGCCAUUACUCGCUGUUGAUUUCUGUCUAUUCGAAAAAGUGUAGAAGGUGAAUUGUAUUUUUAAGAAGUGUUUUUAUUUUACAAUUAAAACAUUUAGAAAUUGGAAGAUACUGUAACGUUCUGCUUUUCUUUGUAUACCUUGUGUUCUGGAACGUAGCCCUGUCUUUCAUUUUUGUUCAUUGAUUUCUCCUGUGUUUAUUUCUCACCUGGUCUCAUCAGCUCCCUAUUUAGUUCAGUUCUUUCUGUUUGUAUGGUUGUGAUGUAUUGUUUAUUUUAGACUGUCUAACUGUGUUUGACCAUUGCCUGCCUGUGACCACGAUUCCUGUGAAAUUGCACAGCACGAAUUGCAAAAUACAAAAAUCGUAAUAUUAAACAUUCAUGAAAAUACAAGAGUCUUACAUCGUUUAAAAGCUUAACUUCUUGUUAAUCCAACCGCGUUGUCAUAUUUCAAAAAGGCUUUAUGGCGAAAGCAUACAAUGCGAUUAUCUCAGACGGAAUGCAAAUGAUUUACUUAAAAAUCAUACAAUGUGAUUUUAUGGAUUUUUAUUUUAGAUUCCGUCUCUCACAGUUGAAGUGUACCUA